GGCGCUGGUGGUGUCAGGGGGCUGCUUCAGUCCAGACGCUAAGAAAUAUGUGUUUGGAGGCUGGGCCUGGGCCUGGUGGUUCGUCUCAGACACACAGAGCGCAGAGCUAGCUCUGUGAGCCAUCCUUCACUGCAUCAGCCUCCAGAGAGAGGAAGCUAGUGGUGUGCACUGCAACAAGAAAGACAACCCACCUAGAGCCUCCAGGGGGCAUUUCUGCAGCCCACACACAAGCGUGAAGGCAGGGAGGGAGGGACACCUGAGGAGGAGGGAGAGACUAACUCUGGAGGUUAUGACCAUCCUGUGUCGCUGUGAGAAUAUUGAGACGUCGGAGGGGGUUCCGCUAUUCGUAACAGGGGUUGCACAGGUGAAAAUCAUGACUGAGAAUGAGCUGUUAGCUGUGGCCUGUGAGCAGUUCCUGGGGAAAAAUGUGCAUGACAUCAAAAAUGUGGUCCUGCAGACCCUAGAGGGCCACCUGCGGUCCAUCUUAGGGACCCUGACCGUGGAGCAGAUCUACCAGGAUCGGGACCAGUUUGCCAAGCUGGUGAGGGAAGUGGCCGCCCCCGACGUGGGUCGCAUGGGCAUCGAGAUCCUUAGCUUCACCAUCAAGGAUGUGUAUGAUAAAGUGAAUUACCUGAGCUCACUGGGCAAGUCACAGACAGCCCAGGUCCAGAGGGAUGCGGACAUCGGAGUGGCCCAGGCGGAGCGAGACGCGGGCAUCAGGGAAGCCGAGUGCAAGAAAGAGAUGCUGGACAUGAAGUUCCUGGCAGACACUUACAUCGCCGAUUCCAAGCGCUCCUUCGAGCUCCAGAAGUCAGCUUUCACCGAGGAAGUCAGCAUUAAGACCGCCCAGGCCCAGUUGGCCUACGAGCUCCAGGCUGCCAAGGAGCAGCAGAAGAUCCGGCAGGAGGAGCUGGAGAUCGAAGUCGUGCAGAGAAAGAAGCAGAUCGAUGUGGAGGAGCAAGAGAUCCUCCGGACCACCAAGGAGCUGGUGGCCACCAUUAAGCAGCCCUCGGAGGCCGAGGCCCACCGCAUGCAGCAGAUCGCCGAGGGAGAGAAGGUGAAGAAGGUCCUCCUGGCCCAGGCAGAAGCCGAGAAGAUUCGGAAGAUAGGGGAGGCGGAAGCAAUGGUGAUCGAGGCCCUGGGCAAGGCUGAGGCUGAGCGGAUGAAGCUCAAGGCUGAGGCCUACCAGCUGUACGGCCACGCCGCCAAGUUAGCCCUCGUGCUCGAUGCCCUGCCCUCGAUUGCUGCCAAAGUGUCUGCGCCACUGACCAAAAUUGAUGAGAUCGUGGUGCUCAGUGGCGACAACAGCAAGGUGACUAGUGAGGUGACUCGCCUGCUCGCGGAGCUGCCAGCUUCCGUUCACGCUCUCACUGGGGUGGACCUGUCCAAGAUUCCUCUGGUCCAGAAGGCAACAGGGACACAGGGAUGAGGAGACCUCGCCC